CCCUCCCCCGGCCCGCUCGCCGCCGCCUCGCCGCCAGGCGUCUCCCCGGGCCGGGCACCGCCGCGGGGACGGGAGGAGCCGCCGCUGCCGCCACUGCCGCCGCCGCGCUCCCCGGCCCGGCGCUGGGGGAGCGGGCGGCUCCCGCGGAGCUGGGCCAUGAGGAAUCAGUAGGAGAGGAUGUGCCUGGCAUUAUUACCAGGAGAUUAGCAAAUCCAGCUCUGACAGAGUGGGAAAGAGGUUCCCAAUCUGAACACUCGGAUUGGAUUGCAUUGCAGUUGUAAAAUUCAUAUCAGCAGGUUUCCUUUGCCUGAUCUGUAAACAUGUCCACAGACCUGCUCUCUGAAAAGGAGCACAUGGUCCUGAAUGGGUCCUCCUGGGGAAACAAAACAGAGUGGAGUUAGACUUAGUUGAAUACGGCAGCAUUUGGAAAAAUUUGCCGAAGGAGGAUGGCAUGGUUCCUUACACCCUGUACUAGCAUAGCCUGACUUUUUUACUAAAAUUGCCAUUUUAAAUAAGGGUGUGAGGAUUGCGGUAAAAGCCUUAUAGGAGAAUGCAAACUCCACGGACCACUCAUCAGGGCUAAAGAUAGGGUUAUUCCCAGCCGAGCCCGUCUCACCCUACCUCACUACCUCACUUUGCGAGUGUUGGAGCUGAGAGCUGGAAACCAGCAGAUCCUUGGUGUAUUUGCAAAGAAAGUAAUACAGAAGAGAACACAAUUUGGCCCUUAUGUUGGUCAACUGUCUACAAAACUGACCUGCUAUGAUGAGAGCAGGCUAGUCCUGCAGGUGUUGAAAGAUGGAGGGAAAUACUUUCUGGACACUCCCAAUGAGGACUGUGGAAACUGGAUGAUGUUUGUCCGGCUAGCCCGGAACCAAGAAGAACAGACCCUUGUGGCUUAUCAGCACUGUGGAGAAGUCUACUUCACAACAGUUAAGCCAAUUGAACCCCACACAGAAUUAAAAGUAUGGUAUGCUGCCGAUUAUGCCAAAUUUAUGGAAGCUUCUGCGGUCUUCAUUAAAGAAGAAUCAGAUGUCUCUCCUUUGCCUCCAGUAGCAAAAGAGCCCAUAGACCCUUGGAUAUGUUCCAGCUGUGGAAGCACUUUUGCAACUUUUGCUCUGCUGGAAUCCCACCAGUGCAUCCAUAAAGACCGAGUCCUUCCUACAAGGUUCAGACCACCAAAUAAAUUGGGACCUGUGAAAGCAAAAAGCAAACUCAAAGGGAAACUGAGAGGAGCGUCAUUAGGAAAAAGCAUUACUCAAUGCUUUGGGACCAUUUCCUGUUCCUCUGCCGCAAAGUUCAGCUGUGCCAGCUCAGGAAGUGCUUGUGGUGCUCUCGUAAGGUUUAUACCUAAAUGGAGAAAUGGUCGGUCUUCACUGCUGAAGGGAAAAGAGGUGAAGCAGCCAGAUAGUUAUCCCUGCCGACUUUGUGGGAAGAUAUUUGAUUCCAUUGACAAGCUCACAGUCCACACUUAUGCGCACAAGGGGGAGCGUCCCUACAAGUGUUCACAGCACGGAUGCACAAAAGCCUUCAUUUCCAAAUAUAAACUGCUCAGGCACUCAGCCACUCAUUCUCCACAGAAGUCUCACCAGUGUGGCUACUGUGAAAAGACCUUUCACAGGAAGGACCAUCUAAAGAAUCACCUUCAGACUCAUGACCCCAACAAGAUGGCCUUCAAGUGUGAAGAGUGUGGCAAGAAAUACAACACCAAGCUAGGCUAUAAGAGACACUUGGCUCUUCAUGCUGCCACCAGCGGGGACCUCACCUGUAGGGUGUGUGCCCAAGAGUUUGGUGGUACUGAGGUUCUGUUGGAACACCUCAAAAGUCAUGCAGGGAAACCGACUGGCAACAUGAAGGAAAAGAAACAUAAGUGUGACCACUGUGAGCGUCACUUCUAUACCCGUAAAGAUGUGCGACGUCACAUGGUGGUUCACACAGGCUGCAAAGACUUCCUGUGCCAGUUCUGUGCCCAAAGAUUUGGGCGGAAGGACCACCUGACGCGUCACACUAGGAAGACUCAUCCACAAGAACUGCUGAAGAGCAGGUUGCAGAAUGGUGACUCAGUGGGUCUCCUUGACCAGGUCUUUUCAUACAGACUGAAGGAAGACACCAGCAUGCUGUCCCCUCUUCCUGAAAGGGUCCCUGUGCUGAAUGGGAUUGUGAACAGUUCAGAAACAGAGGAAUACAACUGUUCACAUCUUCAUUCCCAGCCAAGCUUACAAACUGCUCUUCCUCCUGAGUCUUCUCCUCACUUGCAAAGGAUGGGCUGUGCAGACAGCCUCCCAGCUGUCCCUCCCACACCAUGUUCAGCAGCCGUCCCUAUCAACCUGAACCUUCAUCAGCCUAACAAAUAUGACCUUAGUUCUACCUCAUUUGCCGCGGGAUCCCUCAAGAAUCUACCGAUAAAAGUGGAUGUUAAAGGUUACAACGUACACCUUCUCGAGGACCUGCCCUUACCAGAACCUCAAUCUCUCCACAAAAUCAAUAUGGAAGAAGCUUCCUCAGGGCCUGUAGGGGAUACUAACAAGUACCCAGUGCACAAAGAGACAGAGGCAGCAGCUGAAACUGCAAGCCUGCCAUUCAUGGAUCUCACUCAUGUGAUGGGUUUCUGGCAGCUCCCACCAGGUGACAACCAGAACACUAUUGGGGACAUCACAACGGCAUUUGGCUCAGAGGAUCCAUCACACAGGCUGAAUGGCCUUGGCCAACAGCAAGGUCUUCAGCUAGCAACUGGUGGGAUGGCCAUAAACCAGCUUCAUCAUCUUCCUCGCUCCUUUCCAUCCACUACAAAUUCUGUAACGUUGCCUCACUUUCACCAUGCCUUCAAGUAAUCAUCACCCUGUGUGGGCUUUUCCCCUUUUUUUUUAAAGACUUUGCUUUUACUUAAAUCUGUUAGGACCGGGGUGGUUUUGUUUUUGUUUUGUUUUGAAGAAAAACUGCCCCAGAUUUUUUCAAAGCAUGUUAUGAACAUGGUAGUUAAAUUCAAGAUGUUAAUAAACAAGAAGCUCUAUUUUUCAUACUAUUAGUUUUUUAGCAUAUGACAACAGUAGAACUAACAUAUUUCCCUCAGCUCUCUCUAUAGUUCUUUUCAUGCAAACAACUGAAUAACUAUCCUCAAUGACAGCAAAGUAUCAUAACAGGCACAAUGAAACAAUGGCUGCUGCAGUAGGAGAAAUACAGUUAGGGUGAAUGGGAAGAGGGGGGAGAUCACAAAGAAAUCUAUUUAAUGAGCCAUAAAUCACAGCGGAUUUGUACACAUAGCAAAUGUAACAAACGAUUUAUCAACAUCAGAUAGAUUUUUGUUAUGCACUUAAUUAAUGAACUUUAUUAAUCUUUAAUUUAAAUCACAAUCAUUCCAAGAGUAAAUAUUACGUCCUUGUUUCACUUUCUUCAGUGGAGAUCAUCACUAUUAUGAUUGUGUUAAAGUAGAUUUUGUUUUCUGGCGAGCAGUUCAGCUGUGUGCCUCUGCUGCCUUUUUCCUAGGGCUGGAAAUAACUACCACUUCUGAACAACUGUGUAAGAACUGCUGUCUUGGAAACUUGCAGUUCUCAGAAUGGGAAGUGAAUUGUCUCAACUUAGAGCAAAACAUUAAUUUUCAUUUAGAGCUGGAUCUGUCAAGAUAUCAGACACAUCUCUCUCUCUUUCUCUCUCUAGUAAGGCACUUGAGCAUUUGCUUAAAUUUAAGCUUAUGAUAUCCUGUCAACAGCUUGAUUAAUUUAACACUUAAUAAAAAAUCAUGCAUCCUA